AUGAAAUCUGAGCUUAUCUUCAUACCGUAUCCAGGAAUCGGUCAUCUCCGAUCAACAGUCGAGAUGGCAAAGCUACUAGUCAACCAAGAAAACCAGCUCUCCAUCUCCGUACUCAUCAUCCCUUUCAUUACCGAAGGUGAAGCCGGUGCUUCUGCUUACGUAGCAGCUCUCGCAGCCUCCUCCAACAACCGCCUCCGCUACGAAAUAAUCACCGGAGGAGAUCAACCAACCGCAGAGACGACGAGGCUUGACAUCCACGUCGAGAAUCAUAAGCCACAGAUUAGACUCGCCGUUGCAAAUCUCGUCGACGGUUACUUGACGCAGCCAAACUCGCCGAGGCUCGCCGGGUUCGUCGUCGACAUGUUCUGCACCUCGACAAUAGAGGUUGCGGAUGAGUUCGGCGUUCCGACUUAUCUGUUUUACACCUCAAACGCCGGGAUUCUCGCACUCGGGUUUCACAUUCAGAUGUUGUACGACGAGAAUCAAUACGACGUCAAUGAAAGUGAUUUCCAAGACUCGGACGCUGAGUUGAUCGUUCCGAGUUUGACUCGUCCUUAUCCCGUGAAAUGUCUUCCCAUGGGUUUCGCAUCGAAAGUGUGGCUCCCGGUCUAUGUACAUCUCACAAGAAAAUACAGAGAGAUGAAGGGUAUUUUGAUAAAUACCGUUACUGAGCUUGAACCUAGUGCGUUGAAGUGUCUAUCGAGUGGUGAUACUCCUCCGGUUUAUCCAGUGGGACCACUGCUGCAUCUAGAGAAACAAGUGGACGAGAAACAACCGGAGAUUUUACGGUGGCUGGACGAGCAACCGGCUAGAUCGGUAGUGUUCCUCUGUUUCGGGAGCAUGGGAGGAUUCGGUGUGGAACAAGUGCGAGAAAUCGCCGUCGCGCUAGAGCGAAGCGGCCACUGUUUCUUGUGGUCUCUCCGUCGUGCGUCUGAAGAUAUAAUGAAGGAAUUUCCCGGAGAAUUCACGAACCUGGAGGAGAUUCUCCCGGAAGGAUUCCUUGUUCGAACGGAGGAGAAGGGAAAGGUACUCGGAUGGGCCCUACAGGUGGCUGUUCUUGAGAAUCCGGCGAUCGGAGGUUUUGUGACUCACUGCGGGUGGAACUCGACGCUAGAGAGUCUCUGGUUCGGUGUUCCGACGUUGGCGUGGCCGUUGUAUGCAGAGCAGAAAUUCAACGCCUUCGAAAUGGUGGAGGAGCUCGGAUUAGCGGUGGAGAUUAAAAGGUAUUGGAGAGGCGAUCAUUUGGCGGGAGCGGCGAAGGAGUUGGUGACGGCAGAGGAGAUUGAGAGAGGGAUCAUGUCUCUGAUGGUGCAGGAUAGUGACGUGAGGAAGAGAGUGACGGAGAUGAGCGAAAAAUGUCGUGUGGCCUUAAUGGAUGGUGGAUACUCGCGGAUUGCUUUGCAAAAGUUUAUUGAAGACGUAAAGAAGAAUAUGGCUUCGCCCGAUAAGGAAAUAUAA